GCGCCGGCUGCAGCGCGGGCAGGCGCGGGGCCGGGAUGUCGCCGCCGCCGCCUCCUCGCGGGCCGGGGCUGCGCCGCCGGGGCUGAGCCACUGCCAAAGCCGCGGGCCGAGAGGCCGCCGGGCGCGCCCGCAAGGCGGGAGGAUGGGCUGCGGCGGGAGCCGGGCGGAUGCCAUCGAGCCUCGCUACUAUGAGAGCUGGACCCGGGAGACCGAGUCCACCUGGCUCACCUACACUGACUCGGACACGCCGCCCAGCGCCGCCGCCCCGGACAGCGGCCCCGAGGCGGGCGGCCUGCACGCAGGUGUGCUGGAAGACGGACUGUCCUCCAAUGCUGUGCCCCGAUCCACAGCUCCCGGUGGAAUGUCCAACCCAGAGAAGAGGACGAGUUGUGGGACUCAGUGCCCAAACUCCCAGACCCUCAGCUCAGGCCCUCUGACCCAGAAACAGAACGGCCUUCGGACCACAGAGGCUAAAAAAGAUGGGAAGAGAAUGUCUGCAAAAGAAGUCACCAUUAAUGUUACAGACAGCAUCCGACAGAUGGACAGAAGUCGAAGAAUCACAAAGAACUGUGUCAACUAGCACAGUGUCCAAAUGCAGAGCAGAUGGACUUCUCUGUUGCCCUUCACAGUCCUGGAUCUGAUCAUGGAACCUUGAGGAAGUGGAUGCUUCUUGCUGAACCCGAACGCUGCCGAGUGCCCAGGGAGAUUGUCUCACCUGGCAGCAAACAGCUGCUUGAGUUGUUGAGACCUUCUGAGCCUCCUGUGAUCACGCCAACAUGUUGGCACAGUGCUCACAUAGCCAAAUAAACUUCA